AUGCUGGGGAAACGGGUCGGUUUUAAAGCUCUCGAAAACCGAUUGAACCAAUUGUGGGCGAAACAUGGAUCACUAAGCAUUGUGGAUCUGGACAAUGACUUUUUCACUGUUUCCUUUGCCAACAAUGAUGACCAUUGCAGGGCAUUACUAGAAGGACCUUGGAUGAUUUAUGAUCAUUAUCACUCAGUUAGGGAGUGGAAACCCAACUUCUGUCCAUCAAGCGAUGCAAUCGAACAAAUUGCAGUGUGGGUCAGAAUUUCAGGACUCCCUCUUGAAUACUAUGAUGCAAGAGUCUUGGCCUUCAUUGGCAACAGAAUAGGCUCAAUGGUGAAAGUAGAUCGUAAUACUCUGAAAAUUGAGAGAGGUAAAUACGCCAGAUUAUGUGUGCAGGUGGACCUUACCAAACCACUCCUAGCCAUGUUUUCUAUUAAAGGGAGGCACUACAAAAUCGAAUACGAAGGGCUUCACCUCCUCUGUCUGAGAUGUGGGCGAUUUGGUCAUGGCAACGAUGAAUGUGGGGUAGCAGCUUUCUUGCAAGGAGAAAUGGCUAACGUUAUGACAAGCGGCGAUAGAGAAGAAAUCAGCAAGGCAAACAUGAUCAAGGAAGAUGGGUCGUGGGUGGUUGUCCAAAAAACGUAA